CUUCCAUUCUCAAUUCCCAAAUCGAGGAAUCCCAAAAAAUUGUAUAGAAAAAGGACUUUGGGGUUAGGGUUCGCCCCUCAGUACAGAGAGUCUCGAGACCGGAAAAGAAAGCGAAUCACCAUCUCCAUCCACUGGCAUCACCAUGGCCUCGACUGUACCUCAACAGCAGGCAAGCGGCGGCGGCGGUUCGGGGGCAGCGAAGGGAGGAAUGAGGAAGCCGGUGUUCGUGAAGGUGGAGCAGCUGAAGCCAGGGACGAAUGGUCACACUCUCACCGUCAAGGUUCUAAGUUCCAAUACCGUAUCGCAGAAGAAAGGCCGCAACGCUCAGCUACUCGGCCAUGGCGGGGCGAGUGCCGCUCAGACUCGCAUCGCCGAGUGCCUCGUGGGUGAUGAAACUGCCGUUAUUCUCUUCACUGCCCGUAACGAUCAAGUUGACGUGAUGAUACCAGGCACUACUGUGAUCCUUCGCAAUGCAAAGAUUGACAUGUUUAAAGGGUCAAUGAGGCUAGCUGUUGACAAAUGGGGCCGCAUUGAGGUAACAGAGCCGGCAAAGUUUGCGGUCAAGGAGGAUAACAACCUCUCCCUCGUGGAGUAUGAAUUGGUAAAUGUUGUUGAAGAAUGAUUGGACUCUUGGAAGCAAGUGAUGUUGGCAACAAGCAAUUAAUGUUGUAUGGCAUGCUGGUGGUUUGUUUUCUCUUCCCUCUUGUUCAAACUUGGUGGCAUUAAACUUAGGUACAUUUUUCUGGUUUGAUAGGUGGGUGCGGUUUACAUACAAACCUCACUAAGUCAUGGUGGCUUUGCAUUUUGCCAUUUUGCCAUUUUGCUUGACCGUCUUAGCAUGUAGUUGGUGGAGUAAAUCAGUUUUUGCAGUUGGCAUGUAAAAAAGAUUGUGCCUUCUACCUCGUGCGCAAAAACUGUUAGGUGAAUUAUAUUAUGUGCAACAAAUCUUUAUAAUAUGGUGGGAAUUAAACAACUGGGUGAGUUUUUAAGGAUCCAUAAUAUAUUAUUCAUAAGUCUUGUGUCA